AUGCUGCAGCACUAUCAAGAUGCAAUGGAAAUUAUAAGAAACUUCGGUAAGCCAGAUUUGUCUAUAACUAUGAAAUAUAAUCCAAACUGGGCUGAAGUGAAAGAUCAUUUAUUACAUUGUCAGACAGCAUUUGAUCGACCAGACAUUGUUUCACGAGUUUUUAAUGCAAAGAAAGAUGAAUUAAUCAACAUUAUAGUAAAACAACAAUUCUUCGGCAAAGUGCAAGCAUACGUUUAUGUUGUUGAGUAUCAAAAACGUGGAUUACAUAAUGUUCAUUUGUUCAUAACGUUAAAACAAAAAAGUAAAAUAACUACUCCUGAUAUUGUAGAUGAAUAUAUUUCGGCAGAAAUUCUAAAUGCAGAUACAGAUAAUGAACCUCAUAAUAUUGAUAUGAAAUAUAUCAUUCACGGUCUCUGCGGAGAUUAG